UACUGUGAUAUUCCGGACGAGCUUAAUUUGUCGGACCAUCACUUCCGUUUGUUCAACGAUAAAGGGGGACCCGGCGGAAUAUUCUUCGCGGGUCAAUUUUUAGAUUUCUCUGGUGUAAUCCGAUCUAAAUCGGGACCAUCAGAAUCGCAACCAUGACGGUUGGCAAAAGCAGUAAAAUGUUGCAACACAUCGACUAUAGAAUGCGGUGUAUAUUGCAAGACGGACGGAUAUUCAUCGGGACAUUCAAGGCUUUCGACAAACACAUGAACCUAAUCUUGUGCGACUGCGACGAAUUCAGGAAGAUAAAGCCCAAGAACUCCAAACAGCCUGAACGCGAAGAGAAGAGGGUACUGGGUCUUGUGCUGCUCAGAGGAGAGAAUUUGGUCUCCAUGACUGUGGAAGGACCCCCUCCCAAAGAUACCGGCAUUGCUCGUGUCCCUCUGGCUGGUGUGGCCGGAGGUCCCGGUGUUGGUAGGGCCGCAGGCCGUGGAGUACCCGCUGGAGCUCCAAUGCCUCAGGCUCCUGCUGGCUUGGCUGGUCCAGUUCGAGGUGUUGGUGGCCCAUCACAACAAGUGAUGACUCCUCAAGGUCGUGGCACGGUUGCAGCAGCUGCGGCUGGUGCCAGCAUUGCAGGUGCCCCCACACAAUAUCCACCUGGCCGAGGAGGACCUCCGCCACCCAUGGGAAGAGGAGCACCUCCCCCUGGUAUGAUGGGUCCUCCCCCUGGCAUGCGCCCACCCAUGGGCCCUCCGAUGGGAAUGCCUCCAGGCCGUGGUGCUCCCAUGGGCAUGCCCCCUCCUGGCAUGAGGCCCCCUCCCCCUGGCAUGAGAGGACCUCCCCCACCAGGAAUGCGUCCUCCCAGACCCUGAGCAAACUCAACCGGGAAGUCAUCAUGAUCCAUUUUACUUGGCCGAGAAUGGGAAUCUUGAAUAAGACUGUUGUAUAGUUUGAUUUGUUUUUUUUGUUUUGUAAUUUGUGUUUUUUAAAUAAAAGUGUCUGAAGGACAAA